AAAGUAUUUUUGAGAAUGGAUUUGAAGAAGUGCGUUGACCAGACAGGAAGUGCGCGAACAAAAACCCAUGAAGCGUUGCAAAACAUGGAAGAACAGACACAACAACAGUCAGCGUUUAUAUUUGAUAGACCCAGUUCAGCUGGCUCUGACAGUGGAAGUGGAAGUGGCGAAGAACCUGAUGCACGGGGAAUCAGUUCACCUCUGAAACCCCCAAAGAGCCCCACAAAACCACACACCCUGGCACGCCUGAAGUCUCGCACUAGCUCCUCAACAAACAGUGCUAAGUACUUCCAUGCAGGCGGAAGAACUGUAUAUACAUCAGGUAGACCGCCGUGGUAUGAUUGCCACGGUCUUUUGAAGGAGGCGUUUGUUAUAGGGUUAUGUGGAGGAAGUGCCUCAGGAAAGACAACUGUGGCAAGAAAAAUUAUAGAAGCUUUGGAUGUCCCAUGGGUCAGCUUGCUAAGUAUGGAUUCCUUUUACAAGGUUCUUGGCUCCAAAGAACAUGAGCAGGCAGAACGAAAUGAAUACAACUUCGACCACCCAGAUGCCUUUGACUUUGAUUUGUUGAUUAAGACUUUGCGUCGCCUCAAAGAUGGCAAAAAAGUUGAAGUCCCCAUCUACAAUUUUGUCACACACAGCAGAGAAAAACAAAGUAAAACAAUAUAUGGGGCCAAUGUUGUGAUAUUUGAAGGCAUCAUGUCGUUCGUGAACAAAGAUUUGUUAAAUCUUUUAGACAUGAAGAUUUUUGUGGAGACAGACUCAGACAUCAGACUGGCCAGGCGACUGAAGAGAGACAUUGCUGAGAGGGGGCGGGAACUGGAAGGGGUUUUGAAGCAGUACAGUAAAUACGUCAAACCAGCUUUUGACCACUACAUAGAACCAACAAUGUCUCAUGCAGAUAUCAUUGUUCCGAGAGGUGGAGAGAACCAUGUGGCUAUUGAUCUCAUCGUCCUUCAUGUACAUACACAGUUACAAAAGAGAGGGUUUAAAUUAAGGAAGGAACUUGCACACUCAGCCAUGAAUGGUACAAAAACUCCAGACAGCCUUUAUGUCUUGGAACAGACUUCCCAAGUUCAGGGACUCCACACAUUUAUCAGGAACCGAAACACUCCAAGAGAUGAAUUCAUAUUCUACUCUAAAAGACUCAUGAGACUUCUGUUUGAGUAUGCACUAUCCAUGUUGCCACACAAGGCAGUAGUUGUGGAAACCCCUCAAGGAGUACAGUACCAAGGGAAGCGACUGGACGCCAGCAAGGGCGAUGGCGGGAUGAUCUGUGGUGUGUCUAUACUGAGAGCAGGAGAGACAAUGGAGCAGGCUUUGUGUGAAGUGUGCAAGGACAUCAGAUUGGGAAAAAUCUUAAUUCAGACCAACCUGGACACAGGAGAACCAGAGUUACACUAUCUCCGUUUGCCAAAAGACAUUAAAGAAUCUCAUGUAAUGCUAAUGGAUGCUACCGUGGCAACAGGAGCAGCGGCCAUGAUGGCCAUACGGGUGUUGUUGGACCAUGAUGUUCCUGAAGAAAACAUCACCCUUCUCUCCUUACUGAUGGCAGAAACAGGUGUUCACUCAGUGGCAUAUGCAUUCCCAAAGGUAAAAAUUUUCACAACUGCCGUAGACAAGGAAGUGAACGAGCAAUUUCAUAUCUUGCCAGGAAUAGGCAACUUUGGAGAUCGCUACUUUGGUACAGAUUUCUCACAAUCCUAAUGCUCAAACUUGCUAAAUGUUAUGUUUACAAGCAGGACUUGGUUGAAUUUGAACUUUAUUUUGGUUUGAUUCCAAACUUUGUAUAUCAUGAUAUGGAGUGUUAAUUUCCAGCAGUUUUAUCACCGACAUUAAAUACCAGUAUUUUUUACUCCAUCCUACAAAAUCGCAAAUUAUUGGAUGAAUGUAAUAUGUCUUGCUGAACAAAUGACAUAGUGCCUUGAGUUGAUUCAUUUAUUGUGUAAGAUAAAAUGAUAGAAAAUUCCAGAUGUGGAAGAAAAGUGUGUGAAAGUGUGUCUACAUACAUUGCUUGAUUUGGUUGGGAAAACAAUGUGUUGUUGUGUAAAGAACAUAUAAAAAUAUUUACAGAGAUCAAAGGGCAUUUUGAACUUUAUUUAAACAUACAUGUAAUCUAGGGAGGCUGAACAGGAAAUUCAUUUUUCUUUCUCUUUUUUUGUGAUGUUUUUAUGAAAUACAUGUAUACUUUUCGAGUAUUGAUCAAUUGACUUUGUGUUCCAGAUUGAGAAUUCAAUAGGUUCUAUCCUAUCUACCUCAACUUCAUUUUAGACUUUGGUUGUGUUUAAUCUCCAUUAUCAACCAUAUGUGAAUUCACAGAUGAAAUUGGUGCAUUUUAUUUAGUUAUAUUUAUGAGUUUUAAAUUUGAAUACUGUCGACAUUUCACAGACAUUUGCUAUUUCCAUUGUGUUUUUAUCCAUAGUGUUUUCUUAUAUCCUAAAUCAGCAAUAAUUUAAGUGUAAUAUUCAAACCAGUGGUGAUUACUCAAACUGAUCUAUUCAGAUUUCAAUGUGAACUAGGAUGGGUAGUGUAUACUUAGGGAGCUGUCUGCAAUGCUUGCCCAAUUUGGAGCAGUCUGCCUAUUCUGCUUCAGUGCUGUCCCCAGAUCUUAGUAAAAGAAUUCAAUGGAAAACUUCAUGACCUUUUGAAAUCUUAAUGCAUGUUUUCUGAAAUCUUAAUGCAUGUUUUCUGAAAUCUUAAUGCAUGUUUAAAUGAUUAUGGUAUUACUUGUUGAUUAAUGUUUGAUGUCUGUUGUUCAUUGUAAUUUUAUUCUUCACUUUUGCCACAGUUCAAUGAAACUCUUUAUCAACUGCCAAAGACAAUAUACUAUUGUGUGUCAUGUACCUGAUAAUUUAAUCAGUUCUGCUUUAUUUUCUUUUAUGAAAAUGAAAGUCAUGUACAUGAAUACAUGUACAGUCCAUGUACAAAGUACAUUUUGUCUCACAUACACCUGAGGGUGCCUUAACUACUUUGUGUUUGCAUUAUUCAUGUGAACUUGUUUAUUUGUAUGUGUAAGCUCUAUUUUUAGAGAGGUAAGAAUCUUGUAUUUUGUUUAUGUCGAUAUCUUGCAGGUGAAUUCAAAUUUUUUUUCUUCUCAGAAUAGUUGAUUAGAUGCUAACUUUGUUCUGGGACCAUGAACGUUGUACAAAUAUUUUGCCUUUUGUGCUAUAUUGUCUCUACAUGCUAACAAAAUAAAAAGUGGACAACAAAUCAA